AUGUCAAAAGUGAAAGAAUUGCGUUUUCCCAAGGCGAAGUCUGUCAAGCCCAUUCGCAACUUGAGUUCAGAAAACCACGAAGAUUCAUUUUCGCACUUGCGUGCCCUAAAGGGUACGGCAUCUCCCAUUUGCUUCGACAUGACAGUAGAAGGGCAACUUCUUAAGAUGGAGCUGGACACGGGGGCAGCUGUUUCCGUAGUUUCGGAAAAUGUUUACAAGGAACUGCUCCAACACAAGACAUUAGAGCAUACCGAUGUUGUUCUCCGUACCUACACGGAAGAGGCCAUAAAGCCUUUAGGGGUUGUUGUGGUCAACGUAGACUACAAAAGCAAACAUUACUCGCUACCACUGCAUGUCUUGGACAAGUCCGGGCCAUCGCUGAUCGGCCGUGAUUGGCUGCGCCAUAUCAGACUGGACUGGAGCGUGCUCCACAAGCUUAACGCCGUAGAAAGCAGCAAGGCGUCGUGUACAGAAGCCGCAAAAAGACUGUUUUCGAAGUAUUCACAGCUCUUCAACAAUGAACUGGGAUGCAUAAAAGGAGAAAAGGUGCAGCUGCGUCUCAAACAAGGAGAAAAACCAAAAUUCCUCAAAGCACGACCAGUACCAUUUGCCUUGCGCCCUAAAGUAGAAAAAGAGCUGAAGGCUAUGGAAGAAAUGGGAAUCAUUAGCCCGGUUAUGACAUCGGAUUUCGCUACCCCAGUGGUUCCUGUCGUAAAGAGCAACGGCCAAGUGAGGCUAUGCGGGGACUACAAAGUGACCAUCAACCCACUACUUGAAAGCGUGCAGUACCCGCUUCCGCGAAUAGACGACCUUUUGGCGGACCUGGCAGGGGGCGUCAAGUUCUCUCGGAUUGACCUCAGUCGCGCGUAUCAACAGAUAGAGGUUGAUGAAGAUUCCCGAGACUGCCUAACAAUUAACACUACUCUUGGACUGUACCGAGUAAACAGGUUGCCGUUCGGCAUCACAACAGCACCCACGCUUUUUCAAAAAGUAAUGGACACAAUGCUCAAGGGGUUACGCGGGGUGACGUGUUAUCUGGAUGAUAUUCUUAUCACUGGCAAUUCGGAACAAGAGCACCUAGAGAACCUGGAAGCUGUUUUAAAAGUCCUGGUACAACGGGGCGUACGUGUUCGCCCAGAAAAGUGCGAAUUCUUCAAGGAGUCCUUGGAAUAUCUAGGACACGAAAUUGAUUCUACAAGCAUCCGACCAUCAGCAGAUAAGGUUAAAGCAUUGUUGUUGGCACCGCAUCCAACAGAUAAGAAGCAGUUGAAGUCGUUUAUCGGAUUGAUAAACUAUUACGGGAAAUUUCUACCUCGGUUAUCGACGGUGUUGCAUCCUCUGUACCGACUACUACAAGAAAAAGUGACUUGGCUGUGGGACGUGGAGUGCCAGCGUGCGUACUCACAAGUGAAAGACUUGCUCGCGUCAUCAGCAGUGCUUGCGCAUUACGACCCCGACAAACCCGUUCAACUGAGCUGCGACGCAUCUCCGUAUGGACUAGGUGCGGUACUUUCUCACGUGUAUGACGACGGUUCAACACGACCAGUAGCUUACGCUUCUAGAACUUUGUCAGACUCUGAAAAAAACUACAGCCAACUAGAAAAAGAGGCGCUCGCGCUUGUGUUUGGUGUUAAGAAAUUUCAUUUUUAUCUUUACGGAAGGAAGGUUGUGCUUGUAACUGAUCACAAGCCUUUGCAGUGUAUCUUCGGCUCGAAGAAGGGGAUACCGACGAUCGCCGCAGCGAGGAUUCAAAGAUGGGCAAUCUCGCUUUCUGCGUACGAUUACAUCAUCAAACAUUGUUCUUCGGAAGAAAACAGUGCGCCUGACUACUUUUCCAGACUUCCACUCCAGACAACGCGACAAAACUUCCGGGAUGAAGUGGAUUCGUUUUUCACGCUUUGGCUCGACACUUUACCAGUUACCAGCAAGGACAUCGCAAGAGAAACGACGAAAGAUCCUCUCCUUUCCCGAGUACUGGAGCACACCAUGAUUGGCUGGGCAGCUGAAAUUAAGGAUCCAAGCCUGAAGCCCUUCUUUCAACGCCGGAAUGAAUUGUCCGUACAGCAACGGUGCCUCAUGUGGGGUCUUCGAGUGGUAAUACCGCUGAAGCUGAGGAACAGAAUACUAGAUGAACUACACAGCAGUCACCCUGGAGUAAUCAGAAUGAAAGAACUGGCACGUAGCUUCAUCUGGUGGCCGCAUAUAGAUACGGAUAUUGAGACAAGAGUACGGAAUUGCGACGACUGCCAACGUCACCGUAACGAGCCUGCUGCAGCCCCUGUACAUCCAUGGGAGUGGCCAACCCGACCAUGGGAACGGAUCCACGUAGACUUUGCGGGACCUUUCCAGCACCACAACUUUCUUGUUGUAAUGGACGCACAUUCGAAAUGGCCAGAGGUUUGGCCCAUGUCGUGA